CAGCAGGACAGGAGCAGAGACAAAGACUUGGCCUUUGCACACGAAGUCAAGCUUUACAAUGCCUGAAGGGAACGUUCAGCACUCAAAUGAUAGCGGUGAAGAGCCAAAAGAGAACGCUACACGCACGCCCACGGCCUGCUUCGGAUCCGCCCUCAUUUCCAGCAAGAUCCCGCCGCGGUGUAGGGGACUCGACGGAGAGGGAGGCGUUAUCCUUGGCAUCGACGAGGCGGGAAGGGGGCCUGUGCUGGGCCCCAUGACGUACGGAGCCGCGUACUGGAGCUGCGCCGACGACAAGGAGAUGUCGGCCAAGGGUUUCGAUGACUCGAAGGCGUUAACGUCAGACCAGAGGACGAGCCUCUUCGAUCGAAUUGAUAACACCCCCGAGGUGGGGUGGGUGCUGCGACUCAUCUCCGCUCGAGAACUGUCGGACAAAAUGUGCCGGAAGGUGCCCUACAGCCUCAACGUCAUCUCGCACGACGCCGCCGCCGAACUGAUCCGAGCGGUGCAAGCGCGGGGCGUCAAAGUUACCCAAGUGUACGUCGACACGGUCGGGGACCCGGCCUUCUACCAAUCUAAGCUGGAGAAGGAGUUUGGCAAGGGGAUCAAGUUUGUUGUUGCCAAGAAGGCGGACAGCCUCUACAAGACUGUCAGCGCUGCAAGCAUCGUCGCUAAGGUCACUCGAGACCGAAUCGUUGAGGGGUGGCGGUGGUCUGAGCCCAACCUGGACUUCAGCGAGGACAGGAACUACGGGUCCGGAUACCCCGGGGACGAGAAGUGCAAGAAGUGGCUCGAAUCGAACGUUGACCCGGUCUUCGGAUUUCCGGACAUCUGUCGCUUCAGCUGGGGCACGACGAAGGAGAUUCUCAAGGGUCCCACCCGGAAACGAGUGGAUUGGGAGGAGGAGCCAGACGAAGAGGCGACAGGCAUGAAUUCCAUAGCGAGCUUCAUGGUGCAGCCCAAGAAAAAAGCGCGGGCUAAUCUGUUCGUGAAGCGAGGGCUCGAGUUGGUAGACACCUUCUAGAAGUAUUUGUCAUUUCCACAAGCGUUUCUAAGCUGUAGAAAUGUGUUUUUUGCGGUGUAUCGCUGGACUACUGAUGGUGCCAACUAUUCCAUUUGCGGAUGCCGGAAAACAGUUCGCGUGCGCGCAGAGAUUGUUCCGCUGGAGUCUUGCCGUCCAUUCACACGACACCAUAAUUGGUGAGACGUCUGCAAGCACACAUAAAACGAACGAACCGUGCCUGUCUCAUCUUCAACUUCAGUACGAGGGUGGGGAACUAUGGGGGCGACUCGAAGUGCACCCUCCCCCCUACUUGGAACGGAGAGAGGGCGUGAAACGACGGUGUGCUCAAAACCCCUCGGUAUGCGACAAUCCGAUUAUCACCAGCUGGCCACACACCGGGGGCUGCCACGACUCUGUACGCCCGGGAAAU